AGCUUUUACAAAAGUUGGAGGAUUUGCUGCCCUGCAAGAGAAAUAUAUGGCUGCUGUGGGGGAACAUGUGCCAAAUAGUACUUGUGGGAUUCCCAGGGAAGACUCAUGGGUGAUGUUGAGGGACCCGGUGAACUCUGACAUGCCCUGGCCUGGGUUCUUGUUGGGCCAAACCCCAGCAUCCAUUUGGUACUGGUGUUCUGAUCAAAUGAUGGUGCAGAGGGCGCUGGCAGCCGAGAGUUUAUCCCAUGCUCAAGGAGGAACGUUGUUCGCGGGUUUUGCCAAAAUUCUGCCAGUUUUUUUGAUGGUGUUGCCUGGGAUGAUCAGUAGGGUCUUGUACACAGACUUGGUGGCCUGUUCCACAAAGGAGACUUGCAUGGCUGCCUGUGGUAGUGAAGUUUCAUGCACCAACAUGGCCUACCCGAAACUGGUGUUGGAUCUCAUGCCUGUUGGUUUGCGAGGAUUGAUGAUGGCAGUGAUGUUGGCAGCUCUUACCUCAGACCUCACUUCAAUUUUCAAUUCUGCGUCCACGCUUUUCACCAUCGACAUUUGGAAGAGAGUGAAGAAGCGGGCAACGAGUAGAGAGCUUUUAUUGGUUGGCAGGUUGUUUGUAGUGCUGAUGGUAGCAGUUUCCGUCCUGUGGAUCCCUAUCAUCGAGUCGCUGCAGGGGGGACAGCUCUACNGGGGACAGCUCUACAUCUACAUCCAGUCCAUUGCUGCUGCAUUGGCCCCGCCGAUUGCGGCGGUUUACUGUCUGGCCAUUUCCUGGACUCGGAUGAACGAGAAAGGCGCCUUUUGGGGCCUGGUGCUGGGGCUGGCCAUAGGACUAGUCAGGAUGGCGCUUGAGGUGGUCUACCCGGAACCACGGUGCUAUGAAGUGGACACACGACCUGCCAUUCUUGCACAGGUGCACUACAUGUAUUUUGCCACAAUACUUUUCUGGGUGACGAUUGGGGCUUGUGUGUCCGUGUCACUCAUAACAAAACCUCCCGAAGCCUUUCGGAUCAUCCGGACAACGUAUUGGACCCGGUUUGACAAAACACCUCGUCCAGAUGAUUGCGAACGCGUGGAAAUUGAAACCAUCGCCCCCGUCGAACGUGGCGACGGCGGAUUUCAGCUCAACCGUUUGGAAGAUGGCUUUGAAUCCGGCAAGAAGAAGAAGAAGACAAAGAAAAACAGGAAGUUGGCGAAUUCCGAGGAGUCUUCUUCGUCGUUGAUCAGCAAAGCCUUCGAAUGGAUUUGCGGUUUCCACGAAGAUCCGAUCGCUGCUGCAGCUGGUGAAGAUGAAGACGCCAAUGCCUUGUUGCAUCACUUGGAUUCCGUCGCGUCUUUGGAGCAGACGAGCAGAGAAAAGCUUUUCCUCAACUCGUGUCUUUGCGUCAUCAUGGCACUGACGGUGUUUCUCUUCAUUUUCUUUUCGGUUCCGUCGCCGGUGACGAAUCCCUCGUUUCAGCGAAUGGCCACUUCCGGUUCCGGUGGGUGACGACGACAAAGAAUGUGUACCGGUGCAUAUUUGCCAUAGUUGUUUUUUUUUUUUUCGUCGAUGUGCAAUGUGGUUUUUCCGAACCUGGAAAGCAGAUGAAAUAUUUACGUUUUUUA